AUGCUCCAGGCGGACCAUGGCUACAACAGAGAGAACUUCUUCUUCGAUGGCGAGCAAAGGAUAAAACGCGAGUACCAAGGCCAGCUAAUGCGAGUCAAGCAGUUCGAACUCUUCAGAGAAGACAUACGUGACUUGAUGGAGCUCACCGUGGCCAAAAUGGACAACUACUUAAUUGUCAACACGAUCCAGAUUGGUCUCGUCGUGGUGCUCUUCACAGAAGGACGCCCAGAACCAGGAGUGUCUCCUCCAUGGCUACUCUUCUUGUGGGCAGCCUCUGGUGUGGGUUCCUUCAUGUACAUAACCCUGUGCAUUUGGCUUGCAAUGCACGCUUCAAUUUGUUCCCAUUCAUUCUGCGUGCGGAUGCUUACGCAGUUGGUCCGUUUGCCCAUUCCCAGCAAGGAGCAGAUGGACGCAGCCCGUGUUCUGGCGACGGACUUUGAGGGCGUUUCGGCAAGGGAGAUGCUUCGAGUUCCGGUGGUGAAGCAGCAGUUGAAGAAGCUGCACAAGCUCGUAGACCAAGCAGGAUUGGAGGAAGGAGACGCCGAUGCUUCCAACGAUGCAGCCAGUGACCCCGGAGCAGAGGAGACCAUGCUAGACUCCGAAGGGCAGCCUGUGGCCACGGACACCCUCAGCCACGUGAAGCUAUAUCGGCGGAUGCAGGCCAACUGGCAAGCCUAUGAUGCAUAUGCGCGAGUGAGCAUGGCCAUGGGCACCAACCAGUUCCUGCAGCAACUUGGCUACACCUGCCUGAUCGGCUUUGUGUCGGAGAACGGGUCGGUGCUGCCUGGCAUGUGUUCUGUUCUGGUCUUCAGCGUGUGCGCGGCGCUUCUCGUUCGACUGGACCUCUACGUGUCAUCCCAGUCACUGGUGAUGGCUUUGGUCUUGAAUACGCUGCCAUCUUUCAUUGCUGGCAUCUGCCUCAUUCUGACCUCGUUGAAGGAUCACACUUACUUGCAAUUGUUGGGAGAUUCCCUGGUGCCUGUCCCAGUCUUUCUCCACAUCGUGUGGCUGUUGGUGCUGCUUCUGUGGGCGCAGGGAAAGACCAUCAACGGAAUCGCCUUGCCGACAACCUUCCGCGCAGUGCUCUAUUUGGAUGUUUUUGGGUGGCUCAGCGCAAGAAGCCCGCAGGAGCUCUCCUUCACUCGGCAACAGACGCAGCGAUCAGCUGAGGAGGAUGCCGCCACUGGAGCCACUGCAUCCUUUCGCCUCAGCGUUGUCAGAGAAGAGGAGCCAUUGCAUUCUGACAACAUCCGUGUGCCCUUCUUGCCAAGUCCCGGUUCUGAAGAGGGACGACGCGGACUCAAGACUUCUUUGGCUCGCAAGUGCCGGGAGCUGAAGUCCGAGUUGCAGCAUGACCUCGGCUGCUUUGAGCACGAGGGCCUGGCGAGCCUCAUGUCCGAAUACGACAAGGAGGUGGUCAAUGAGAUGCGCCAGCUCAUGGACCGCUUGGAUGCGAGCCUGCAGGAGGCAGCUCCGGAGGCACGCGCCGAGGUUUCGCAGCCAGAGCAGCCAGCUGAUGUCUGGGUGCAGCUCGAGUGGAACACUGCCGGGCAUGGUGGUAUGCCAUUCUAUCGCCAAGUGAACUCAGAGGACUCAAGCGUUGUUUGGACAAAGCCGCCAGCUCCAGCAAAGGUCCUCGACAUGUACGAAGUCAGGCAGAGGCUCGGAGGCUUGGAAGUAAUGGUUCAGAUGCUCGUUUCCGAGUUCCAGGCUCGUGAGGAACAGGAAUCCAUCGCAUCCGUCGCCUCCUCGUCCUCCGGUUCAGUUCUGCCCGAGCCUUCGAGGCCGGCGGGCUCCGCGAUGUCGACGGCCUCCAGUGAGGUGGACUCCCUGUGGCACAACCCGCCCGAUCUGGAAACUGGCGGCCCGUCUUCGCAGGAGCCACGCUUUGGUGGCGGCGAGGCUGCGGUGCAACUGACCGAAUCAGAAGUUGGUGGCGGUCAGAGUGUUCACUCCAUCCCCAGUGAGGUAGCUGGUGGAGGCUUCCAUCCACAUCGCCUACCGGAAGGUGACCGUGCCAGGCAAAGGGACAAGGAGCCUGGGCGUUUGCCCUGGAGCACCAUUCAGCAAGGCAGCCUUGUUCUGAUAGCGGCCUGGAGUGCUGGAUUUGUGUGGACGGUUCUGCGGUUGCUUACUGACGUAGUGGACAUCCUGAAGCCGCCAGUUCCGAAACCGGCACCCAACGAAAACCUGGAGCUUGUCUUCGAUGGACCUUGGCCUCAGUUUUUCGAGCCUCAAGGGAUGGCUUGCCAGCUGGAGAGAGGGCAGCCCGUGUUCUGGCUUCAAGAGAAGUUUGCAGUUCAUCAGUUGGCUGCGAAUGACUGGACCCUAAGCGCCAGUGCUCACGAGGCGGAGUGCCUGUCGCAAGCGCCGCAGUUUCAUGCGGCUGGACUGCGUGGAAUUUCCAUGCAGUGCAGCGAUCUGCGUCGGAAGCAGGCCUGCUCUUCGAUGCUGGUUGGGACGGAUGGCAAUGUCUUGCUUUGCAAUCGCACGGCUCAAUGGAUAUCCUUGCACUCCGGAACCUGGCAAGUGGCUGCAUCUAGCGACACCUCUGGGCUUUGGGCAAAGAGGACGACAGAUGUGUCGGCCGGUCCGGCUUUCUUGCAAGAUGUCGGUGGCACAGGUGCAGAUCGAGCUUCCCGACAGUACGUUUCCACCAUGGAGCUGGGUCAGCAGCCCGUCGCCAGGACCCAGGAGUGGAUGGAUGUACUGGAGGACGGCGGCCUCAUUGCUCUCAGUGGCUCAGGAGUUCUACACGCAUGGAGGCCAACGUCUUCCUCGACCCGAUGGCUUCCAUCAGGUUGGUCCUUCGAGCUGCCCAGUCAGUUUGGACUGAGGUGGCGGGGCUUCUGUACAGUGGGACAGACCGCCUUCUUCCUGGGGAAGGGCCGUGCAGGCCGGGUGGAGCUUUGGAAGAUGGAGCUGCCGGCCAGCCUCAGAAACUGA